UAACUGUGACAGGAGAUGACUCUUCACAGUCACUCUGUGAUCCUCAAUCAUGUUGCUUCUUAUCCUCCUGAUCAUCAGCACAACCUGCCUGUCAGUAAGUGCUCAAGGCUGUUCCAGCGGUGUGCCCUCUUCUGCUCACAUAAUCAUAUAUAGUGAUGCUUUUGAAUAUCUGAGACAUCUAGAAGACUUUCAGACUAUCCGAAAGUUGGUGGAAGCCUUCAACAGUUCCUCCAAUGAAGUCAAGAUUGAGCUUUAUUCGUAUGACCCCAAGAUGCUGGGAAAUUACAUCAGAACGCAUCAGGCCCUUGGAUCAGCUGCUUACUCUGUGACUAAGGAUUACAUUAUAACAUAUAUAGACUCCAUGAUAUGGCAGCCACCAGCCACCACCGAGCGCAAGUCACAUAUCCUUAUCCUGCUUUUGAGCCACUCUUAUCCUCACGUAUUCAUGAAGCCUAAAAUCCACAAGCUGAAGAGGGCCGGGUUCCAGAUCUUCACACUGGUCUAUGGAGCGCUGAGAGAGUACGAGCUGGAGGAAGUGGCCACCUACCCAGCAGAGUGGCACUCGUACAGCCGGAUGAACUUCCAGAGCAGUGACCGUGCCGCCGAGGCCCUUGUGAGAUCUGCAUGUCGGAAUAUCGAGGCAAAGGAACGCGUAGCAAAGAAACAGCUUCUGUCUGAGGUUCGUCUGGUUGGUGGAAAUGGACCAUGUCAAGGUAGGGUGGAGCUGUUCUACAACCAGACGUGGGGCACCCUGAGUGACAAACACUGGGACAGGCAAGCUGCUGACGUCAUCUGUAGACAGCUGAAGUGUGGCCCCUCGGUGGAGGCUCAGAAGGGCGACACAUUUGGGGGCCAUGUCCUGGAAAAGGUGGAUUGUACAGGGGAUGAGAGUGACGUUUCACAGUGCUUAUUGGGAGCCUGGACUGGGAGAGACGAUGUAAGGAGUGAGCACAGUGCCGGUGUCACCUGCCUAUCCUCUGGUGUCAGUGGUGUCAGGCUGGUGGACGGGUCUGGUCGCUGUAACGGGACUGUGGAGGUGUCUGUGGACAACGUAUGGAGGAGGCUCUCCCUAUGGAACUUUGACUUGAGGGAGGGCGCAGUCGUUUGCCGAGAGAUGGGCUGUGGACCACUGGUGAAGGUGAAGGAGGUCUUUUCCACUUCUGGCACCCAGGCGGUGGAGAGAUCCCGAUGUUUUGGGUCAGAGUCAACGUUUUCGGAGUGCAGAAUUGGUCUUUGGAAGGCUGACACUAAACUACCGGACGUACAUGCUGCCGUAGUGUGUUCAGAGACAGCAAUUUCCAAGGUGUCAGUAGCUGAGGAGAGUGGUAAGUGUUCCGGAAAGGUGAAGAUCUUCUCCAAUGAGCUCUGGAGCACGGUCUGUGCAACAGAAUGGAGUGCAGCCGAAGAAGCGGUGCUUUGUAAGCAGCAGGGGUGCGGCCCAGCACUGGAGCUAGUUGAAGUCAAGAAGGUGGUUUUUAGAAGGGGCGUAACUACGCCGCAUACAAAUUUCCGCAACGUGCACUGCAGUGGCUCCGAAACGCAUCUGUCUCAAUGCAGCACCGUCAUGUCCAGAGGAUACAAAUGUUACUCCUGGGAGGCCUUGGUCUCGUGUUCACCAACAGGUGUCUCGGAGGUGAGGCUGGAGGGUGGUCCCCAUUCCUGCUCUGGACGGGUGGAGGUCCAGUAUAAGAAGAGGUGGGGGACAGUGUGUGACCAGGACUGGGACCUUUCUGAUGCUGAGGUGGUGUGUAGACAGGUUGGCUGCGGUCCUGCAGUUCAGGCGCCCGGUGGAGCACAUUUCGGCCCAGGAAAUGGAGACAUAUGGCUGGAGAAAGUGUUCUGCAAUGGCACGGAGACUGAGCUGUCACACUGUGGGGCUGUGAUGUCCAAGAAGAACCUCUGUGUCCACUCCCAGGAUGCCUCUGUCAUUUGUGAAGAAAAGACGCAGGUCUAGCCGAGAGGGAGGCAGGCGAAUGUCGUCUUUCUGGUUCCUUGCAGCAUUGCCCCGUCUCUUCUACACAUUAUUCCAUCCCGUACAUCUGCUCCAAUGACAGCUGGCUACCAGGCCACAGAGAAUGAAAUAUCCAAAAUUCUCCAAUCACAGACAGAUGUACGGACACGGCGACCAACUGAUGACCUAAACGUCUUACUGUCACCCCCGGCCUCGCCUUUAUCUGCUUCUUAUAGGUCACCAUGUCCUCCCAGCAGUUCUGUCCAGCACUCUCCUGAGCAGCAUGAUGGGGCACUACCGGGCACUCUGCAGUCUCUCCAAAGGUUGGAGAACGCUCUAACGCCUAGAGGCCAAUGGACAUGAUGGUACGUUCGCCAGUAUCCGGAAGGCAAUCAGUGCCGCCAUUCCACCUACAAACUAUAUCUUACCGCCACCUAACAAAAAUAAAAUUUCUGCCGAAAAA